CAGCUACCAUGACAGUCACGCACACAGGCGCAUACACUCAAUUUUGGCUAGAAGCUGCUGCUGACUUUUGCUGUACAGGAUCUGUUCUAACCCACGACUUCCUGCCGGGGGGUGGGUCAUGCCUGGGUAAAAGUCAGCGCCGUCAUCUAUAGAUUCGCAGUGCAAGACAAUGUAUAAUUGAGAAAUGACUUAGGGGAAUCCUUUGGGUACAAGUUACCUCCGGUCCGAAAUUGUCCUUACAACGGCAGCAAAAACCGCCCGAGUUUGCCAGACAACGAGCAUCGUUUUGUGCAUAUCAGACAGCUGUAUUCUGUCCUGUACAUGCUACACUGUCCAACUCACCCGGCUGGGCGUACUGUUAUUGAGGUGGACAACAAUGUCUGCCGAGCCGGGCCUAGAAUACCCAGAAUGCUUUGGUGACUCAAAGUUCAGCAGCCCCUCCGGCCAAUCUCCUACCACUAAGACCUCCUCUACCGUCUGGACCUGACCUCUGACCUCCCUCCUAAGCCUCAAGCAUUCCAUCCACCCUUGCCACCCCCCCCCCCCCCGAGUGGGGGAUUCGGCUCCGGCCCAGGACCAUGCUCGGUGCGCUCCUCAGGAGGAACAUGUCCCAGAAGCUGAGCGCGCUGCUGGUGGCGUUGGGCCUGGCGUGGGGCCUCAUGCUGCUGCGCUACACGGCGCAGCAGCCGCGCCACCAGAGCAGCGCCGAGCUGCGGCAGGAGAUCCUGGAGCUCAGCCGGCGCUACGUCAAGGUGCUGACGGAGGAGAACCAGCUGGCGCCGGGCGGCCCGCAGGGCACCUCCAUGGCCGGCUACGCGGAUCUGAAGAGGACCAUCGCUGUGCUGCUGGACGACAUUUUGACGCGGCUGGUCAAAUUGGAGGGCAAAAUAGACCUGGUGGCCAACUCCUCCGCCGCCAACGCCUCCCAUCCGGCGUCGGCCGGCGGGGUUCAGCAGGUGGUCCUUCCCGUUGCCCUACAGAAGGCCCUGAAGCUCGAGGCCGCCGGCAGACCCCCGCGGAAGCACACGCCCCGUCCCCCUCAGCCGUACGUGGCCAGGAGGCCGAGGGAUCGCUUCAGACCCCCCAACCUCAUGGCUCCGGUUCACUGAUUGGACUCAACUCAGAGACUGAAGGCAACUUGGUGAAAGCCGGGCGCUGGUAUCAUCUCAGGGGGAUGUAAUUCAGAAGACUAGCUGGGAGUUAUUGUAACUCCUGGGUUCUUUCUCCCGCUGGUAUUUAUUGGUAUUGGUUCAACAGGAGAGGAACAGAAACCAUUUUCAUGAGUUCAGCUGGCUGUACUUGGUUGCUGUCCCCGUGGAUUACAUUUUGACAGUUGAGGGGUUGGGGGGGGUGUUUGAAAUGAAAAGGAGGAACUGAAAGUUUCGAUAAGUUGGCGUGGCACCAUAGCAAUGACUAAGAAUGCUUUUGCUGUCCUGCAUCAUUUGCAAUAACUGCGUAACUGUAUAUCCGAAUGCUGAAUUAGACUCCGGUCACUGGGAAGAGCUGGUUCACAAGAUAAUUAUUAUGGAGAAGAUUUAUCUUUUUUUAAACGUAUUGUAUGGAUAACUUUUGCCGUAUAGUAGAGCUGAAAGAGAUAAUCCAAAGAUUGUUAUUUGCACUCCAUAGUAGUUUGGUUUUAUAGUGUACUUUUACACUGGUUGCGAUGGUUUGAGGAAUGUGGAAGGGUGUUGGUUUCCCCCCAGAUGAAUGACUAUGAGUGUGAGGGCUGUAACACAAUUGUAAUAACCAUAUCAUAACGCCACUGCUUUCGGAAUGGAUGGGUUCCAAUGUGGAGUAGAUUAAAUGAGACCUUAGCUCAAUGUUUAGCCCUGUAAUGCUGUUUACUUAAUGAAAUGUUGCUAUUUGUUCAGGGCUCAUCUUUCACUGUGACUCUUCAGCAAUUUCCUUAAAAUAGUAACGCGUAUGAAAUAGUUUAACUGUUGAUCAGCAAUACCGAAAGGUUGUACCUCUUGUUCUUAACUAUAACUCCACAUUGACUUGAGUUCCUCUGUAUUGGUGAUGAACUGAAGCAUCCUUUACCAGCAAGUUGUCUUUUCUUAGCUACUGGCUACAAAUGUAACAAUGUAUCUAUCCUAGCACACCGUUAAGAAUAAAUAAAUGUCUUAAGGCUCUGCAAUAAUAAUUUUCAUAAAAUGGUGCCCGACUAAUUUCACUGAAUGGGGAGUUCCCAGACUGGCAAGCCUGAGUACACAUUGACAUUCAUGAAUUUGCUUUAUUAAACAGGGAGCAUUUGACAGUGAAAUCAAAUUAUAUUUUGACGCCGGAUAAAUUGUAUAAUGUUGCCAUUGAAAUAAACCAGAUAAAAGCUG